AUGAACGCGGAAUACGCCCGCCGGGAUUACAGCCAGCACCAUUACGAUUCACAAUGGGGUCUUCGUCUACCAGAAGCUCCCGUACCGCCUCCGCCUCUUCAAUUCGCGUUCCCUGACCGACCGGUUGCGCAACUUGAAGAGGGGUUCCGGCAGCUACAGAUAGGGAACGGGACCGCACAGACACACACCCAGGGUCCCAAGGGACGACCAAAGACGCGAACCACGCCUGUGACUACGCGCACGCGUAUCACCCGCCAUGGCUCGAAUCCCAACCCCAUCCGACCCUCGUCCAGUGGAGGAGAAGCCAAGAUGAUCGCCUUUCGACCAUUUGCCCCGCCAUCGUCAAAGCGCUCUGAAUCCUACUCUCACCCCACCCCACUCGAUGACUUUCGCAACUCGAGACGAUGGCCGCCCGCUGGACACAGACUGGACGAUGCGCUCAGCUCGCAGCAGGCCGAAGACCUGAUCUGCGCAGGCGCUUCCACGUUCAAGGGCUACUGGGACUCAAUACCGAAUGCGCCGGGCUACAACCGCUUCUACGCAGUCAUGGAGUCGGAGCACCAGAGCAGGACAGAUCGCGCGCCGUUCCAGCAGCCCGCAUAUCGGGAGAUUUCUUUGAAUAUGACGGGCGCAUCGGACAGUCAGUUUCCUUGGCUGUCGCAAGAGCAGCCGUGCAUGGCAUAUGCUUUCGGAAAAAGCGCUGGCACAACUACGCUGAACUACUGGGUCAGCAAGUCGGGAAGCAGCAAUCCACCCACACCGUUCAUCAGCGAUGUGAACCCGCGGAAGAUCAAGCUCCUACAGAUCUUGGACCGAUUGCAGAAGCUGGAGAGCGGUCUUAACGAAGAUGACCCUGAAGAAUUGUACCGAUACCUAUACGUUACGCUCAUCGAUGACCCGGAGAAGUUUACGGGCAACCCUCACAUAAAUAUAGACCAGCAGAUCGAGGACCUUGUCACGGUUCUGACCAAUCCACGAUGGAUUGACUUUUCCCUCCCGAAAAACCAGGUCGUAGCCAAAUUCUUCGACGCGCCAGACCAACAUAAGAAACAGGAGUUCUUCCAUCAGUUGCUGCUUUCGGUCGAGCUGUACCUGCGGAUGCACUCGAAAGAGUACAGUGACAAGGCCAGGAGGAAGAUGAUUAUGCAACUACCGCCGAUCAUUACCUGGGAUCUAGCUGUUGCACAGCGUUGGUUAGAGAAUAUGGAGAUCACCAAGACUCGGACGUCUUCCACUCAGAGCACCUUCAGUUUUGAGCUGAAAAGCAAGAACAGACAGAAGGAGGCGUUGAGAACGUUUGCGACGACCUUGAAGUGGCCAAACAUGGAUGAGGUCGACUACGUCCUGGACGAGACAGACAUGAAAGAGAAACCUUUGGAAGACCGCUCGGCAGAUGCCAUGUCUUGGUUCUCGGGCAUUAUACUGCCAGGGAGGACGCUGCCGUGGCUAAUCAUGAACAGCUUGAUUGACUGCGACCGCGACACAGGGGACGGGCUCAAAUUCUUGACCCAUAUGCAGCCCUCUUCGGGCUUCCAAUAUCGAGCGAAUACCUACUGGUCAGCCCAAUGCAUAGUCGGUAAAGUUUUAGGAGCUGCUCGAGGUGUGAACCAGAUUGCAGGAUGGGUGGGUCCCUGCAUCUAUACGCCGGAUCUCAAGCGGACAGAAUGCGUCAAAGUGAAGCAACUUGCCUCACUUGACCCAAAGCUCGAUUCAAGCGACGUUGAUUCAAUGGGUGAGCGAACAAACCCGCUGGGUCCGAUAGAUGACAGCUAUCCCGUCGACGACUACGAAGUACCAAUGCCUGACACAGAAGAUGUGACGGACUUGAUCAGGAUCGAGAAACUCGGUUUCAAAUCUGCAAAAGAGCAACCUUCAUCAACCAGAAAUAUUCCAGGCGCGCCGCUGGUAUUCGAUGCUGCGAUAUUCUUUGCAUGUGGCGGGAAGAGCUGGCCGAUGAAGCUGAAAUACGAUGUCGACUUCAUCAACGCCUUUCCCUGCCACCAAGGCCCUCACGUCCUCUUCUAUGACUUUGCGUACAAGUCCAUCAAGAUUGACGACGGUCUCGUAGACAUCCACGACUGGGGUCGCCAAUCCGGACGCAUCUCCCGUCCUACCUCGUCACGCUCUUCGCCAGGAAAGAAGGCUUUAGUGCUUGCGAACGGUGAGGUCAAGACAGCCCAUGAACAGGUGACCAAGGUACUCGUAAUCGAGGCCCUGGGCGUCAGCGACAACGAGGUCUUCGCGAGAGCCUGGUGCGCAAGCCAUGGUCACAGUGCGAUUGUAGCGAACAUCAAGGAGACGUGCAUGGCAUGUGCUAUUCGAGAAGCAUAUGCGGCGUGCGUGUCAGUUGUCAUUCUCACCGAAGGUGGCAGUGUCAAGGAGAACGAUGCAGAAGUCCCGGAGCGUGUGGAGCGCAUCUCCAUACCCGGGAGCUUCUGGUAG